GUCGAGUGUUAUUAAAAAUAGGCGAAGAAGAGAAAAAAACACAAAAUACACAAAACAAAAAAUUUUCCAAUGUGUGAAAAAAUAUUGUUUAUUUAAGAAAGCGUGUGAAAUAUUGAAAAAAUUUACAACAAAAUAUUAAGAGCUAAAUAAUAUUAAUAUUUAACUGUUACUAAAUAUAUAGUUUAACGCCCGUUAAAACAAUAUUUAUAUUAACAGAGCGCAAAGCUCAAAUUACACACACACAUAAGCAAUGGCCGCGAAUGAUUCCGGCGUAGAGACGAGCAAUGAUAGCAACGAUGGAGUCAGUAAUGUUAGUGUUAAUAUUGGAGUCGGAUUAUCAGUAGGUAUUGGAAGUGGCAUAACAAAAAUCAUAGAUAUUACGCCACCACCGGCCAUAAUGCCGCCCACUCCAACGUCCUCACCCAACACGCAUGAGUGGCCAAAUUUCAGUCCGAAUGCAUUCCAACUGAAUCGCGGCGAACAUUUUGCGCUACCACAUUUGCCGCCAUUACCCCUCAAUUCUGAUUAUUUACUCCAUCCGAGUAACCUGCCGUCAGGAAGUCAUCUGUCUCAAUUUAAGAUGCGCCUCCGCACGCGUAGCAAGCAACGCUUACGUUCAAACUAUAACAAUAUUUUGGCUGAGUCAAAUGGUCGCAAAUUGCGCACCGCCGCUACCACCUGCAAUAUCGAAUUGUUAACACGCGUCUUAGAAUCUGGAGCGGAUCCUAAUGCGGCUGAUGAAUACAAACGGAGUCCACUGCAUUUGGCCGCUUGUCGAGGUUACAUACAAAUCGUCCAACAGUUGCUGAAGUUCGGCGCCAAUCCUAAUGUUGUGGAUUCGCUUGGCAAUACUCCACUUCAUCUUGCCGUAAUUUCAGCCAGCUCUAAUAACUUUAAUGUUGUGGUACGCGUACUUCUACAAGGUGGAGCAAGUGUGCACAUGUAUGAUCGCAGUGGUAAAACUCCUCUUGAAUUGGCCGAAGCCAAAUUACGUCUAUUGCGCACACGCUACGACCGUCCCACUCCCGAGUCAGCGAAAAUUUUAGAAGAUAUGUGCAUGCUGACAACGCUUAUUUUACGCUAUAUGGUAAAACAACAACGUGAGCUAGAAGAUCUAUCUGCGCUUGAACAACGUCUACAGAACUUGAGUACCAGUGACGACCAGGAUCAGGUUGUUUCUCAGACAGCGGAUGAAUUACUGGCAAGUGUCGAACGUUUAUCAAUCAAUAAAUAAAUAUAAUUCAACAAGUGAUGAUGGCUCAAUAAAAAACAGCAAAAUCCCAUUUAUUAAGUUUGUAAUGCAUUUAAUAAUCAGAAAAUGCGGCAAGCAAAUGAGUACAAUAAGUUAUUUAUCAAGAAAUUUAAGCAAUUCGAUAUGAAAACGUUUUGGAUUGUCUGUUCUGUGUGAUUUAAUAAUACUUUAUAUGGGUCAAUACGUCUAGGAGCUUUAAAGACCCCUCAAUAAGUUUUUUUCACGUGAUUUAUUUUUGCAUACAUAUAUAUUUUAUACAUUUGAUAUGUGCAUAUAUGUGUGUUUACGCCCUAUUAGUAUUGAAUUUCACUAUGUUUAAAGUCGACGCAACGCAGUCCAUUUUUCAACUCUUCAGUUCUGAUUGUACACAUCCUUGGAUAUAUUUGCGUAGACUUUAAUUUUUAUGAUAUGUUAUAUUUUUUGCUUUUUUUAAUUUCAGAUUAACUAAACAGUUUAUUAUAUCCAAUAAGUCAACAUAUUUUAAAUAAUUUACAAAUAAUGACUUUAGUUAUAAUCGUUGGCAAAACCGAUACAAAAUAAUGAAUAACGAGCAAAGCAAAAAUAAUAACAAUAUAAAAGAAAUCACGUUACAAUGGUAUUCGAAAUUUUUAAGUUAAAAUUUAAGCUAAAUUUAUGAUAUAUACAUAUACAUAGAUAUUUAUGUAUGUAUAUUCAUACAAAUUAUAAUGUAAAUGAAAAAUAUAGGAGAUAUAAUUACAAAAUAUCCAUCAUAUAUAUACCUAGAAAUCAAUCAGAACAGAAUUCAACAAAUACAUAAUAUGCAUUCAAUAUACAUAAGUAUAUGUAUGUGUGUUUAUAUAUGCGAAAUGUAAACUAAAAACCUACGUAUAGUAGAGAAACUACCACACCGAAAUGAUAAAUAACUUUGCUGAUAAAAUAACUAAACUGUAUGUAAUUUCAAUUUAAUGAGUGUGAAAAUAAAGGCAUUUGCCAUUCAAACAAAAAAUUAAAAAAUCGCAUUUUCUUGAAAAAUUUGUUUGUUAAAAUUUUAGAACUUUACCAAUGGCAGAAUUAAAACUAAAUUAAUUUUGGAGGCAUAUAUACUAAAUUGAUUCUUAAUCAUAUAAAUAUAAGUGCAGAUUUUUUAUU